AUGCUCUCUGCUUCCACACUGCUCUCUCAUUCCACACUGCUCUCUGCUUCCACACUGCUCUCUGCUUUCAUACUGCUCUCUCCUUCCACACUGCUCUCUCCUUCCAUACUGCUCUCUCCUUCCACACUGCUCUCUCCUUCCACACUGCUCUCUCCUUCCACACUGCUCUCUCCUUCAACACUGCUCUCUCCUUCAAUACUGCUCUCUCCUUCCACACUGCUCUCUCCUUCCACAUUGCUCUCUCCUUCCACACUGCUCUCUCCUUCCACACUGCUCUCUCCUUCCACACUCCUCUCUCCUUCCACACUGCUCUCUCCUUCCACACUGCUCUCUCCUUCCACACUGCUCUCUCCUUCCACACUCCUCUCUCCUUCAACACUGCUCUCUCCUUCCACACUGCUCUCUCCUUCCACACUGAUCUCUCCUUCCACACUGCUCUCUCCUUCCGCACUGCUCUCUCCUUCCACACUGCUCUCUCCUUCCACACAGCUCUCUCCUUCCACAUUGCUCUCUCCUUCCACACUGCUCUCUCCUUCCACACUACUCUCUCCUUCCACACUGCUCUCUCCUUCCACACUGCUCUCUCCUUCCACACUGCUCUCUCCUUCCGCACUGCUCUCUCGUUCCACACUGCUCUCUCCUUCCACACUGCUCUCUCCUUCCACACUGCUCUCUCCUUCCACACUGCUCUCUCCUUCCACACUGCUCUCUCCUUCCACACUGCUCUCUCCUUCCACACUGCUCUCUCCUUCCACACUGCUCUCUCCUUCAACACUGCUCUCUCCUUCAACACUGCUCUCUCCUUCAACACUGCUCUCUCCUUCCACACUGCUCUCUCCUUCCACACUGCUCUCUCCUUCCACACUGCUCUCUCCUUCCAUACUGCUCUCUCCUUCCACACUGCUCUCUCCUUCCACACUGCUCUCUCCUUCCACACUGCUCUCUCCUUCCACUCUGCUCUCUCCUUCUACACUGCUCUCUCCUUCCACACUGCUCUCUCCUUCUACACUGCUCUCUCCUUCCACACUGCUCUCUCCUUCCGCACUGCUCUCUCCUUCCGCACUGCUCUCUCCUUCCACACUGCUCUCUCCUUCAACAAUGCUCUCUCCUUCCACACUGAUCUCUUCUUCCGCACUACUCUUUCCUUCCACACUGCUCUCUCCUUCCACACUGCUCUCUCGUUCAACACUGCUCUCUCCUUCCACACUGCUCUUUCCUUCCACAUUUCUCUCUCCUUCCACAUUUCUCUCUCCUUCCACACUGCUCUCUCCUUCCACAUUUCUCUCUCCUUCCACACUGCUCUCUCCUUCCACAUUUCUCUCUCCUUCCGCACUGCUCUCUCCUUCCACACUGCUCUCUCCUUCAACACUGCUCUCUCCUUCCACACUGAUCUCUCCUUCCGCACUGCUCUCUCCUUCCACACUGCUCUCUCCUUCCACACUGCUCUCUCCUUCAACACUGCUCUCUCCUUCCACACUGCUCUCUCCUUCCACAUUUCUCUCUCCUUCCACACUGCCACCAGCGCCCUUGACACAUGCACCCUGCCAUGCGCCGUCUUCGGGGUUCAAGAAUCAGCAUCCUGCUACAGCCGCUGCACCAUGCCUGCCGCCCCUCCCUUAUCCCCUCCAGCAUCCCCACCAGCUUCUUGAGUCCUCCUCCCUCAGUGCCCCCACUUCCUGCCGUGCCCUCCCUUCCUGCACUCCAAACUACACUCCCUGCGCCCUCCUCUCUCGCAUCCCCAGGGGAGGAAAGUAUCCCAACACAUGCACCCCUUGA